AUGACGCCCAUGCUUGGUGAUGCAGAGUUCACCUUGAACUAUCAGAUUGUGAAACUGGAUGAGACUGGGAAGCAGACUAAAUACCCAUCACAGAUUUCCUGCAAACUGAACAGUGGUUGGAAGCCAAGGGAAGUACACUGUGAAGAGAACUACAUAGAGGUUUCUGUCAGGAGGAAUAUAUUCCGGCUCUCGCAGUCUCCAUUGUCGGAAGAGUGGGACACGGUUCUUUCUGGUGAAAUGAAGCUUUCUGAAUGCCAGGUCCUGAUCAGGAGGUCCAAUGGUACCAUUUCACUGUCUGUUGAAGAGGCCCGUAGUCAGGGCUACGUGGUGGCUGCUACCCCCCAUCGGAUUGUCUUUCGUUCCCCCUACAACAAGCCCUGGGCUGAAAUCCAGAUGGUGGAUGACAUUGAGGUGGAGACGAUCGGCGCCACGGUUGUCUUCAGACAGAACUGGGCCCUGGUGAUGAUCGAGACGACCCCUGCCUGCGCCAUGAAUGCAGGGACUUUCAAUGGCUCCCGCGUUGGUUGGACCGUUCCCAGAGUCAUGCAGCCUCUGACACGGUCUCCUUCCCAGUUUGAGGACAAGGCUGUCCUCAUGGGCGUGGAUGGACAGGUGGUGGACACUGCCACCAUGAAGGCCUUAGACUACAGACUUGACAUAGAUGGUCCACAUGUGACCCUCUCUGUUCCUUUUGGGGCAGGCGGAGGGCUAUAUGAGAGCCAUGUUAUAGAAAACCAAUACAACAGUCGGUACACAGUCCUCUUCUACCUUCAGCAUCUCUGGACAGAUGACAUGUUUGAAGAAACGGAGCACCGCAGCUUCAAGCUUGUGGGGACCCCAUACAUUCCCAGCAUGCCGUUCACCGUUGACCAAACCAACCAUGAAGAGCGCACAUUCACUGUGUACCUGGGCAUCUUCCCUUUUGAUGUGGCCCUGGUCGCUCUAACCCUCAAUGGAGAGCCCUUCACAGUGGCUGGCGCAAUUCAGAGUGGCUACCCAAUCACGGAGGUGCCUCACGCUAAUGGAACCCAUGCCUACAUCCUCAGGGUUCCUUUCAAGGAUCCUAUUGUACCCAAGAUGUACUUGGGAGACGGCAUUCUUCAGUACUCCUUGGACAUCAACUUUACCCUGAACAUCAUGCCCCAAGAAGAACCAUACUACCAUCCAGUGUCUGUUGUGGCUGAGCUCAAGGACUCCUUUCCUGCUGACUUCAGUGGGGUCUGCACAGAGACGGGCAUAACCUUCAAGAUGGCCCACCAAAAUUGGGGGUACCUGUGGGAGGUUGGCAUUGGGCAUCACCCCCUGACCCCUGAGCUGGCAGCGAAGCAUGGCUACAUAAUGCAAAAUGACGGCCAGAGCUUAACCUUGGAAGUCCCUCUCUUCACCAUUGGCUAUGUGUAUGAGGAUAUUAACCUAAGGCAGUUCUUUGGAUCCUUUGAAGUCGUCUCCAGAGACACCAAGACUCUCAAAAUUGCAAAAAGGGUAGUGAAACGCUGCCUCUUCCAAACCAAUGAGCUCAUCGUGUGUGGUCCUGGUGGGCUGGUUACGGUGGUGAUCAGCAUGACUGCAACCUUGCCCAGAGUCGACCCACGCCGGACCACUCUCCUGGACGAGACAUGCAAGCCAAGGGAAAAUGAUGACACCCGAGCUCUCUUUGCUUUUCAGGUGAACUCGUGUGGGACCAGAGUGAUGGUUGACACCAACUACGUGACCUAUGAAAAUGAAGUGGUGUUUAACAGGGAGCUCAUUCCAGCCAAUCGGACAGUCAUCACCAGGGAUUCUGAAUUCAGGCUGACGGUCCUUUGCUAUUACCCAACCCCCGAUACCAUCAGACUGCUCACUGACAGGAAGUUCCUGCAGGAGCCAGAAGCACCUGGUGUGGGCUCCAUUAUUGCGACUGGAAGUCCCUCUGGAAGAAAACAUACGCAGUGGGAGUUAUCAAACAUGCACAGCGGCAUUCUGAGAGGUAAGAGCUUUGAGGAGCUCCUGAGCGACUCCAUUGGCACAGGCUCUGAGAACAGCCCACACAUCACUGAUUUCAGUCUGGGAAAGGUCACCAACAGCCAGAUUGGGUGA